GGCGUAAACCACCGGCUGCGGGGGAGUUUGACAGCGAUUAAAACGAGAGCUCCGCAGCUGGGAGGUAGCUUUGCUGUCUGGGGAGGUCUCUUCUCCAUGAUCGACUGCAGUAUGGUCAGGAUGAGAGGGAAGGAAGAUCCGUGGAACUCGAUCACAAGCGGAGCCCUGACCGGAGCCAUUUUAGCUGCGAGAAACGGGCCGGUUGCUAUGGUGGGAUCUGCGGCGAUGGGAGGGAUUCUCCUGGCUCUGAUCGAAGGGGCUGGCAUUCUGCUCACGAGAUUUGCCUCCACCCAGUUUCCAAACGCCCCGCAGUUUGCAGAUGACCCCUCGCAGCUGCAGCCCGCUCCCUUUGGCGGCGACUACAGACAAUACCAGUGA